AAUCUUUGAAAUCCUCAAUAUUUUUUGAUAACUGAGUUACGUAUUUUUUUUUUUAAUUGUCCACACAAUAACUAUCCACCAAUUUGAAUUGAAAAUCUAGGGAAUUUUGGCCGGAGCUUUUUCCCUGCCUAGUGAUCAGCUGAUUUCCGUCAAAACAGAAUGACAAGGACUUGCGAUUUAUCGCUGGCAACAAGCAAAGUAAACACAGAAAAUCUCCACGAUAAAUUCGAAAAAAAAUUCAUAGUGUUUAUUAUUGGAAAUAAAAUGAGCCUCGGGCUCAGUGGGUGAUGUCUUCAACAAUACUGGUGUCACUCUGCGUCAUUCGUGUUGAGAUUGUAGAUCCAGAGGCAGAAGAGACAGCAAUUGGAUUUACCACAGGCACAAUGGCAGCGAGGAAAACGAGAGGACGACGAGAGCCCCGUGAUAUUACGGUGGAGAGUUAUGCAAGUGUCACCGAGGGUCCGGUUCCACUGCUGUCAUCACAGGGUUCCAGCAAACCCCACUCCAGACCUACCUCCGAGGAAUCCUCUUCAUCAUCGAAUCAAGUCUCCACAGCAACUGUCGAGGGAUCCCCACCCAACGCAUCAUCACCAACAGAUCAAAUUAAUUUUAUCUCUGGAAAUCCGUUUGUGGAAGUCACUAAAGGAAUCUUACAUCUUUAUAAAGAGGAUGAAUUGACAGAGAAACAUUCAGCAGCCGAUCGCAGUCACACGAUUUGCAUUCUCUCAGUUCCAGCAACGAUGACUUGUCAUGAUUUAAUGACCUUUACUGCUGCUUGUCAUCAAGACAUCCAACACUUUCGGAUACUCCGGGAUAACAGUCCCAAUCAGUAUAUGGCGCUCAUCACAAUGCGUUCAUCUGCAGCGGCGAAUGAGUUCUACGAGACGUUCAAUGGAGCUCCUUACAACUCAUUAGAGCCAGAUGUGGUUUGUCACAUGGUAUUCGUCUCGAGGGUUGAGGUAGCUGAUAAUGGGAUGGCACUGGCUGGUCACACAGAGUUGCCUUCAUGCCCAGUUUGCUUGGAGAGAAUGGACGAAAGUGUCGAUGGAAUACUCACGAUAUUAUGCAAUCACACGUUUCACUCGAGCUGCUUGGUCAAGUGGGGUGAUAUUUCGUGCCCAGUCUGUCGAUAUGCACAAACUCCUGAGCCUGUGGCUGAUAGCCAUUGCAUGGAGUGUGUUGCAGACACAAGUAAUGAUGCACUUUGGAUCUGUUUGAUCUGCGGUCACAUCGGCUGCUCUCGUUACCACGAAGGACAUGCAUUUGAACACUAUCGUGACACUCACCACUGCUACGCCAUGCAGCUGGGAAAUAAUCGAGUCUGGGACUACGUGGGUGACAACUUUGUGCAUCGUCUGCUUCAGGAUAAGGAUGGAAAAAUGGUGGAAGGGGGCCAGGAGCCCACUAAGGGUGAGGGAGCGGCUGUGGACGAGAAGGUGGAUGCUGUGCAGCUAGAAUUUACGUACUUACUCACUUCACAGUUGGAGACCCAGAGACAGUACUUCGAAGAUAGAUUGAAUCGAAUUGAGCAGAGAUCCUCAUCUGAAAUCGGGGAAUUGAGGGAAAAGUUGAAUCAAAUAUCCGAUGAAAAUUCACAUAUCAAGGCAAAAAUAAUAGCUCUCACAAAAGAGAAACUAGCCCUUGAAAAACGCUUGCAGACGUCAAUAAUAAAAUUAAAUCAAGCUCAAUCUGAAUUAUCUGAGGAGAAGGAGUUGAGAGAAGCCCUUCAAUUGAACCAGACCUCUUGGCAAACGAAGCACAAACAGUUGCAGGAUGAGCUGAAGGAGUGCAAAAGUACAAAAGAGAGUGAGAUCCAAGACCUAAAGGAACAAAUACGAGACUUAAUGUUCUUCCUAGAAGCGCAAAAGCAAAUUGAAAACUCGACAGACAAAGACGACAUAGCCGGAGGUACGAUAAUCGUCCCCGAGACCUCCACAACUCCCAAAUCACGCUCACGACGACAUCGAAAGCACUGAGUAAUCCCAGCAUCAUUGAGACAAUUUUUUUUGUCGAGAAUUCAUUUAUUUGAGAUGCGUAUAUGAUUCUUCCAGAAAGUAUUUGGUCACCUGAAUUAUUUGUGGGUAAUUCUAAUUACGUUGCAAUUAAUAAACAAUUAAUGAAG